GCAUAGGAGAACAUGGAUAGUUUCACUCAUGUUCCUCCCGGUUUUAGGUUCCAUCCAACGGAUGAAGAACUUGUUGAUUACUACCUUAGGAAGAAAGUGGCUUCAAGGAGGAUUGACCUGGAUGUCAUAAAAGAUGUUGACCUCUACAAAAUUGAGCCAUGGGAUCUUCAAGAGAUUUGCAGAAUAGGAACGGAAGAGCAAAACGAAUGGUACUUCUUUAGCCACAAAGACAAGAAGUAUCCAACUGGAACUCGCACAAAUAGAGCAACUGCAGCUGGGUUUUGGAAAGCGACAGGAAGAGACAAGGCAAUCUAUUCCAAACACGAACUGAUAGGCAUGAGGAAAACCUUAGUCUUUUAUAAAGGUCGAGCACCAAAUGGACAAAAGUCAGAUUGGAUAAUGCAUGAAUAUCGGCUUGAAACAGAAGAAAAUGGCACUCCACAGGAAGAAGGUUGGGUUGUGUGUAGAGUAUUCAAGAAGAGAGUAACAACAAUGCGUAAAGUGAAUGAGCACGACUCUCCCAGUUGGUAUGAUGAGCAAGUAUCUUUCAUUCAAGACAUGGACUCACCGAAGCAGACCUCUCAAUCUAAUCUGGUCUACCAGCUUCCCUAUCCUUGCAAGAAAGAGCUAGAUGUGCCCUACCAGAUGCCUCGUGACCACUUCCUUCCACUUCUGGAGAGCCCAAAACUGCUUCAAUCUGCUUCAGCCAUAACCCCUAAUCCCAUGGCACCAUAUCUUCUAGAUCAUGUCAACCACUCCACCACUCUGCUUCCCUCGUUACUCAUACAAGAAGAACAUGUUAUCGGUCAGCAAAUAAACUUACAGACAACCUACGGCAACAGCAACUGCAAUGAUCAAGCAGUGGAUCAAGUAACUGAUUGGCGAGUGCUUGACAAGUUCGUUGCUUCACAGCUCAGUCAAGAUGGAUCCAAAGAAAACGCCUACUCAAACACCUCAGCCAGUAUCUUUCACGGAACUGACAGUGGCAAUUGCAAUGUACAGUUCAGACAUUUCGACAAACAUGAGAUGGUGGUGCCUCAAGAAAAUGCCUCAACAUCAAACUCCAGCUGCCCAAUUGCAUUGUGGAAAUAGCGACUGCUUCAUAAAUUGGUUUUGGGUACAUACUAAUUAUAGGUACUUAGCUAAAAACAUCUCUUGCAAGUACUGUUUAAGUGCCUGUACAUAAUAAACGUAUAAUGAGCAAAACUUUAACUAUUGUGGAGCUUCUCGCUCCACUGCAUCUAUCUAGCUUCUAGCAUAUAUUCAACUGAAAAGAAAGAAAACGAAUGGGACGUGAUAUACUUAGUAUAAAAAGCCAUAUCUAUAUUUCCCUGAAGAUGGAAAGGUUUCAAAGGGUAAAAGUUGCAUUGGUGGGUACGCAUGCAUGACGAGCUCUGCCAUGUAAACCGAGGUCCAACGACCACAUUCGCUGUUUUCAUUGGAGUGACAGGGUGGUCCACA